CGGUAGAACCGGAGACGGUGAGCUCUGCAUUGAUAAGGAGACAUACUUGGCGAACACCCUUUGCGAACCUAUCUUAUUAAAGAAUGAGCACCUGCGGUUCUUUUCCCCCGGGGCUUUCUGGUUUUUUUAAACACUUGCCGGGCACGUUCAAUCGAUAAUUAUUCACGUGAGCGCCGGAAUGACACAAACAAUCUUAAGGGUCGGAAUCCUCACAGAUGGGGGCCAAGCCAUCCAAAACCUCUAUCUCCCAGUUCUCCGAACCCUUCGUGACUCCUAUCGCGUCGCUGCAAUCUACAACUCCAGUCUGGCUCCGAAAGACAGCACUGCCAAUGACUUGCCUAAGGUUGCCUCUAGCCCGGAAAAGGUUCUGAAUGACCCUUCAGUCGACCUUGUCUUGAACUUCAUGCCGAAUGAAUACCACGAAACGUACACUGUUGCGGCCUUGGAAGCUGGCAAGCACGUUAUGGUGGAAACACCUGUCAGCCUGAGUAUCCCGAGCGCAAAGCGUAUAAUCGAGGCUGAGAAGCGGGCGCCGAACCAAGCGAAAGUUUUCGUGGCCUCUGCACGUCGGUAUGCACCUUGUUUCGAGGUCUUCAAGAAAGAAGCUGCCAGCCUAGACCGGAUAUAUUAUGCUCGAUGCCGGAAUAUCGCAGGGCCACACUUGGCGCACACAGCUACUGCGCCGAAGAACAAACACCUGAAAAUAAACGGCAGUAUACCAAACGGGUUGCCCCUUAACGACCAGCAUGGCGAGCGGCUGCUUCAUUGCCUUCUCCAGGAGAUCUUUCUUGGCGAGGAUUUGACUGAGGAGCGUCUCUCCUUGAGCCGAUUUUUGGCAUCCUUGGGAUGCCAUGACUUGGGACUGAUGCGCGAUACGCUGGGGUAUCCCGAUGCUAUCUCGAACAUUACAGUGAAUGAACCAUUUUACUCGGCUGUUUUCCAUUACAAUGGUAGUGUUACACGGGGUCACCAUCCGUUUACUUUGAUAUAUGAAACAGGAACCGAUUCCGUUCCUCGAUGUGACGCACACCUAGCUCUCUAUGGUAAUACCAAGACCGUCAGCAUGCACUAUGAUUUACCAUACGCCCAGGGCAAGCCAUCACGGGUGGUUGUGGAAACAGCGGAUGGCAAGGAUAAUCUGAAAAGAACGGAGAGUAUUAGUAGCUGGGAGGAUGCGUUUAACGCCGAGCUCAAGGCGUUGCAUGCGUACUUGGUUGACGGAAAGCCUGCCCAGACAACAGCAAAAGACUCUCUCCAGGAUCUCAAAUUAUUUCAAACGAUUUUUGAGCAGUAUGAUCGACAGUGCGGGACCAUUAGAACUCCCCUUGGCUAAAUUGGCGACGUGCCUUUGCCUAGUCGAACAAAUCUGCUACUGGAUUUGCCAGGUGACUAGUUUAUUCUUGUUAUUGUGCAUGUCUUCCAACAUGUGGUUGACAUAAUUAUUAGCGUGAAGGGUGGGAGUUAUCGAGAUCAAUUCUAGUUUUAAACGAGACCUGUUACCACUUUCAUAUAAUGUGCAAGACAGGGCCUGUUUGUUAUACACAACCGUUCACAUAUGGAUUCAUCGCUUUCCCUUCUUCUUUUUC